UAGUAGCUUAAAAAAUGGGGGGAAAAAAAAUAAAAAUCGCGUUUAUAGGGGUUUGUCAACAUUUGGUUGCAUUUAUUACGUGAUGGAGGACUCCAAUGUUAACUUAAAGAAGCAGGAGUUGGAGUUUAUUUUCCAAAUAUCACAAAAAUAAAGCCUGAACAACGUGCAUGAUGACUAUCAAGUGGAAAUGAUUAAAAAAAUGUGUCUGAAAUUAGUCGACGUUAACCCUUUACGGUCGUCUUUGCCUGUCAGACAGCGUUGAGGGCACUCACCCUCGCUUUUCCUUCUGGGAUGCAUGACAUUGCGGAAGGGCUAUUCCUGUAUCCCGACCCCUCCUCCUUCACAACAACACACCGGGGAGAGAGGAAAAAGCUCCGGCAUCAACAAGCGGGGAGUCAACAGGCGGAUCACAAGUCAUCCGAGGUCAGAGGAGAUCCACCGCGGAGAUGGCUCAGGCCAACAUCUCGGUGACGGAGAGCCAGUUCAGGUGUCCCAUCUGCCUGGACAUCCUGAAGGACCCGGUGUCCACCCCCUGCGGACACACCUACUGCAUGUCCUGCAUAAACAACUACUGGGACCAGGCUGACCCGGGACACUUUAGCUGCCCACAGUGCCGGGAGACUUUCAGCCCUCGGCCGGUGCUGCGGAGGAACACGGUGCUCUCCGAGGUCGUCGACAAACUCAAGCUGACCGAGACGGUGUCUCCUCCGGAGCUCUACCUGGGGGGAGUCGGCGAGGUUCCGUGUGACUUCUGCCCGGCGGAGAGCAAGCUAAGGGCGGUCAAGUCGUGUCUGGUUUGCCUGGCGAGUUUCUGCGAGCUCCACGUCCUUCCGCACCGGGAGGUCGGCACUCUGCGGCGGCACAAGAUGGUGGCCGCGGUGGAGUGUCUGGCGGAGCGGCUGUGUGCUCAGCACCGUCUGGGUCUGGAGCCCGCGGGGGGAGGCUCCGAGGCCGAGGCCGCGGUGGAGUGGACCGGGGACUGCCUGCUGUGUGAGGCGGACCAGGAGGAGACUGUGCACAACGUGGACGCCCAGAGAACCAGGAGACAGCUGCAGCUCCAGGAAACACAGAGGAUAAUUCAGGGGAGGGUGAGGAGUGGAGAGACGGAGCUGGAGGAGUUUCAGCAGAGCUUGGAGUCACUCAAGGUGUCAGCCUCGGCCGUGUUGGAGGACAGUGAAGCUCUGUUUGCAGACAUGGCUCUUCGUCUGGAGAAAACCAAAGCAGAGGUUCGAGCAAGGCUUGAAGCGAAGGAGCGAGCGGUGGUUGGGAGAGCCGAACGAGACAUCGAGAUGCUAGAAAAGGAUCUGGAGGAGCUCAGGAGGAGAGACGAGGAGAUCACUCAGCUGCUGCAGACGGAGGACAAUGCUCAUUUCUUACAGGCGGCUCCACUGCUAUGUGUUGCUCUAACCACGGGUCGGCACUCCAGAGCUCUCAGCCUGCCCACAGAGGCCUUCAGCGGCGCCAGGAGAGCGCUGUGCCACCUCCGCAGCCGGAUGGAGGAGGUCUGCAGGGAGGAGGUGGACAAGAUCAGCCGGGCAGUGAAUGAGAACUACGUGUCUGGAGGUGCAGAGUGUGUAAAAGGUGCAGAGAACUUGAAACCUCAGCAUGGUCAACAGGCUGCAGGCGCAGUGCCAGCAACGUUCCCUCUGUCCUCUUUGUCUCUGCAGCCGGCUGAUCAGAGGAUGAGGGCAGUUUUCCUCAGGUGUUCCAGUCGACUGUCCUUGGACCCAGACACAGCCCACCCAACUCUGGUUCUACUGGAGGGUCCUCAGGGUGCCCACUGUGGCGAGGAGCCCCAGUCCUACCCCCCUCACCCUCAGCGUUUUGAUUCAGUGGCCCAGGUCCUGUGCAGGGAGGGCCAGUUUGGUGGUGCCAGCUACUGGGAGGUGGAGUGGAGGGGUGGUGGAUGGGUCGACAUUGGCGUCACAUACAGAGGAAUCGGACGCAAAGGUGGUGGGAAACCCUGCCUGCUUGGGAGAAACGAGAACUCUUGGCGGCUGAGGUGUACUCAUGCUGGAUACGCUGCGUGGCACGAUAACCGUAAAACCACUGUGGCUGCGCCGCCCUGCCCGAGGAUCGGCGUGUUCCUGGAGCGGCAGAAAGGAACGUUGUCCUUUUACAGCGUGUCGGACACUGUCGUUCUUCUUCACACCUUCCGCUGCCCGUUCACUCAGCCGCUGUACCCAGCGUUUCGCCUGGACCUAGACACCACCCUGCUCAUCUGCCCCCAUGAAAGAGGCAAUGGGAGCCCAACUUAACACUACACCACCUUCAUUUUAUAUCAAACCACAGCAGUAAGGGCGGUCCUCUCUGCUUACAAAUAUAAACCGUUGGGGUGAACUAGGCUCAGAGUUUUGUCAGUUGAAUCAAAAACUUCAGCUAUAGUUAUAUAAUUUUUUCUGCUCUUGAGCAGCCUCUUUAAGUCUCACGUUUCUAUGAGUUUACCAAUAACAAAAACUUCUUCAAAUAUUUUCUUAAAACAUACUAAUUUAAAGAAUUAAACCAUAGAAGGAUUUAGCCAGCAAGGAAGCAUAAAUUAGCAGCAGCCUGGCUUGCAGCCCCUAAAGCCUCACCGUUUUGGAUUAAGAGAGAAACCACUCCAUUGCUCCAUACAUUUUUUUUGUACCAUUUGGCUUGUAAGUCUUUUCUUAUCACCUCUCUUGUAAUUUUACCAUUGCACUUAGUCAACACUGGAGCAUCCCUAACUGAAAAACCAUGCAAUGCACCUGCAAAAAACAAGCACCAGCCCUGUCUGCAUCCCCAUUAAAAACAGGCACCAAACGUGGUGACAUCUCUCAAACUUCUUUCAAACUGAUUUUCCCACUGUGCUUAUGUACAGUCAAUUGCAUGCAUUUUAGGCAUGUAGGGCACUAAGGAUCCAUCACAGGGCCCAAUGUGCCACAACCCGAGGCUGGAGAGUGGUCAGAGUCAAGCUCGAAACAUGUUGGCAAAUGUGUCAAUGGGCAGCCAAGGUCAAGCUUGGUGCCGUUUCUUCUGUCUGGGCCUUUUUACCCAUGGUGACAUGCCCAGAGACCACCGCUGGCUUUUGAGCCCUUAGAACAUCAACAGCACAACCAAGGGAAACCUCUCUACUUGCCGGACAGUACCUUAAGCUGUGCUUACUCGCCACAUCCACCCCUUGCUCCACUCAAAGGUGUGGACUUUGUUCUUUGUUUGUAGUCUUGAAGUGGGGUGUCAGUUCACCACAAGGUUAAUUUGCUAAAUAGUGUAUCACUGUUAACUUUGUGAGCAUGCUUUUGACAAAAUGAGGGGGAAAAGCUGUUAAAUAGACACUGUGAGCCUUUUAGAUCAUGGCUAAUUUGCCCUUGUUCAUUUGUAUUAUGAGUGGCUGUUGCACAUAGCGUGCUGAGAUACAUGAGCUAAGAAGCUAGCAGUGCCUUUUUAACAGCUUUUCAUCCUCAUUUUGUUGAAGACAUGCUUUUAAAGUCAAUGGAGAAUACUUAACAUACACUUUCUGAGAAGAAGUUUAUAUUUAAAGUAAAUGCUUGGAUUCAACUGACAAAAUGUGAGAAAGUUCAGAGUCAUCCUGACUGAUAGGAAUUGUGAACUUUUACAGGUUGGCCCAAAUGAGCACUAUAAAACACUACUUUGGAAGUUGCUGGUGCAGAAGAACAAAUCAGAAAGUAGCUUAACUGUCAGGAGUCUUUUCCUUUGUCAUACAUGUCUGUUUGCUUUUUCUCUCUUUAUGAAUGUUUCUGCAUCAGGCUUAGCUUUAUGGUACACACUGUAGCUAAAUUUAACCACUAUGCAUUUUCCACCUAACAAAUUAUGAAUCGUAAUAUCAGGACAUACACAGGUGUUUCUAAUAAUAUCACUUCUGUACAAGUGAUAUUAAGAGAGGGGAAGUGAUCAAAAUAUCUUUAAGUUUGAACUGAAGGAGCUUUUGUUUUGUAUGUUUUUACUACAAGAGAUGGUACCUGAAAUCGCACUGAACAACCCUAGCUAAAGUAUUCACCCCUAUUUGUGUUUAAUAUUGUUUUCUUUGACCCAAGCACCUUUUUAAAUACCAGAGGAAGGGUUUUUUACACCUAAUGACAUGAAUAUGAAGCACCUGUGACUACUUGAAUACUUAACAGCUUAAGAUUUUUCACUGCAAUGUCAUGAAAGAAACCUAGCUUGAUUUCUCUGAAUGAAAAAUGACCUCAGCUUCAAAUUUAGAUAAAAUAAAGGCCAUAUGUAGCAUUUUUGGGAUGGUUUCUGUUUUAUGUAGCUAUAAGAGUUUUUUGUUGUUAACGUGGACCAGGUUAUGCUAAUAAAAAGCUCAUUUGUGUUUAAAGAGUAACUAAACCCCAGGGUUUCAUCAGGGGUGCAUCUACCCUUUAAUUUGAAAAAAAGCUGCCUUUAAAAAGUCAAUAUCACUGAGUCAAUGCUGCUUUUGAGGGUUUGAUUAUUCACCAUAAUGUCAUCACCAUUCAGGGCAGACUUAGCUAACGCAGUGUAAAUGAUGGUAUACAAUAAUUUAUGACACAGGUUUGUAUGAUACCCUAAAAUUCCACAUACUCUGUGUAGCUUUUUGCAGAUUUAUAGUCUUGCAAAGUGAUAGACUGGACAGAUACGUCUGUCAUUAGCCAAAUUAAGUUAAAAUAUCACUAACUACUAGUAUAAAGAUACAAUUAUUUAUCAAGAUUAGGUCUCCUCAGGUCUCCUGUCAAAGUGGAGAAUGACAGUGUCCUUUUCCCACCUUGUUGUGAAGUGCUUCAAGGGAUCCUGGGAUGAUGAGUCCAUCAUUUUUGAUGGCUCUUUGUUAGAAAAAAUCCCACAAAUCUACAAAACUACCACGUAGGCCAUGCCUUUGUUUCCUACAUGGCCGGUCCCAACACACAUAAGCAAUGACCGCCAGUGGAGCAAUUAGCUCAGAUGUAGCUAUAAUAUCAGAUGCUAUUGGCCCAUAAUGUCUGGGACAGAGAGAACAUUUGUCCAAUCAACCUUCAAGAAUUAUUUUAAAGGUCCUUCCUUUCCCAAACACAGACUAUGGACGGUUGCCCGCAUGGAUGGGAAAUGUAUGUAAUGGGUAUGAGAAACAGUCUAUCUCGCAUGUAAGGUUAGCAAACACAAUAUUUGCACACACUCUGGUGGUUGGCUUCAGAUUCCCACUGUGUCUAUUUUGAGAGCUAAAAUCAGAGUUGCUGAAGAAGUGGGCGGUCACUGUUGAUACAUCAGCCACCUGCCAGAUCAGUCAAUAAAAAAAUUAUCUGCAAUGGGUGGGUUUCAACUAGUAAAAGGCAGCAGCUAUGCGCAUUUCAAACACAAAGUGUAGACUAAACAGCACUAAAUACUCUCAUACACAGGUUUUCAUUUUAUAAUAGUGGUCUGAAGUUUAUCUGCUCUUUAUAUAUGUGUCUAUCAAAGAACCAAAGUCAGGCUAGAUUAUCCUGCCAUUUCCACUCUUCAUGCUAAGCUAAGCUAAACAAAGCAGCUGCUAGCACUGAUCAAGUUCAAUCUGCCGAGUUUUGGAGUUUAGAAAGAGAAAGUAAAAUGUAUUUCUCAUUUUCAUCUUUAAAAUAUCUGUGUCAGUAAAUAACUAAACAUCAACAUAUUCUGAAGUUAGAGUUUAAAAGGCUCCUUCCUUGAAAUAACUCCAAUGUUUGCCUCAGCUAUGCUAAUGCCAACAUAAUCACCCAAUAUUUAAUGAUCAAUAAAUUUAAAUAUACACUGUUAUUUACUACUAACAUGCACAAUGCAUGCUUCGAAUCUAUAAUACUACAACCACAUAUUAACAAAUCUUAACUUUGUUUUUAAUUUCCUCGUAAAGUUGAAAGUGUGACUUGCUGCAACUUUUAAGCAUUAGUCGGCAAAAAUGAAGACAGGAUGGGAGUUUUAUAGAAACAAAAAUAUAUUUAAAUAAAAUAAGGACCUGAAACUUUGUCAUAGAGGUCUUUUAAAUUAUCAAAGGGAUUUAUUGUAGCAUCAAAGUGGGAAAAGAUCCACUUUCUGUGCUAAUUAAAGGAUCAUCAGUCUGAUUAGAUGCCAUACUGUUGCCACAGAUUUAUUUGAUUAUUAUUGAUUUGUAUUUUUGAGGAUUUUUUUUUAAUACCAAGUGCAUUAUUCCUCAGCUGUCAGUCUGUAAAGUCUGUACAUUUUUGUCCGGUGUUGUUUUUCUGUUUUCUCUCUGUGAUUUAGUUACUGUGACUUUUUAUGAAACUGUAAAAAUGUUUUGUGAUUGUCUGAGUGUUGCUUGAAGUUGAGGUCAUGACUUGCAGUAAACUGACCCAGUGGGACUGAAAAUGACCGUCUGAGGCUGAUUUAUAAAUAUUAGAGCAUGCUAAGAAGGUUUUAAAUGGGAGGUCUAAGCAGAAGUUAGACUUUCUUGUUUUUUUCUGAGUUAAAGUUAUGUACAAUAAACAAUUUCCUAAUAUAGUUUUCCAUUUCAUACAAUUACUUGACCUACAUUUUUCAAAGUAUUUUCAAAGACUACAUUUCAAAACCAGACAUAGUUGUACUAAAAGAGGACUCUCAAUCCUUGAUGUUCUUAUAUUAUUGGAGAUAUUUUUCAAUCUAACCCCUCAUGACCUUGUGUUUAA